UUUUGUUGCGAUAUCUGCUGCUGGGUUUUAGGGUUUCAGUGAGAGUCCCCCCGCGGCCCGGCCUGAUGGAAAACCCCAGAGAUCUGGCGGAGCGUCCCUGCAGGAAACGGCGCGACUCGUUCGGGAUGCUGGACGGUUUCGAGGAGGACCGGAGCAGCUGCAGCACUGAGUCCAGCGGGGGGAGCGGCGCCUCCAGCCCCGAGGACAGUGACGAGGAGGAGCUGGGGGGAGGAGGGGGGUCUCACUACAACCCCUCCUCCUCCUCCUCCCUGACUCUCAUCAAGACCAACGGACAGGUGUACACAUACCCCGACGGAAAGGCCGGCAUGGCGACCUGUGAGAUGUGUGGCAUGGUGGGCGUCAGAGAUGCUUUCUACAGUAAAACCAAACGUUUCUGCAGCGUCUCCUGCUCCAGGAGUUACUCGUCCAACUCCAAGAAGGCCAGCAUCCUCGCCAGACUGCAGGGGAAGCCGCCCACUAAGAAGGCCAAGGUUCUGCAGAAACAGCCUCUGAUGACAAAACUAGCUGCGUACGCUCAGCAUCAGGCCAACCAGCAUGGCGGCGUCAAGAAAAGCAUAACUGUGGAGGUGUUCGACUGGGGUCGUUACCUUGAAGACGUUGAAGCCACGGGAGCGCCGGUCGACUGCUUUAAACACGUCCCUAUGGGGAGGUCAUGGGGCGACAUCAGUGAAGGCGUUCGGGUGGAGGUCACUAAUACGGACAGCGGUCUGCCCAUGAAGGUCUACUGGAUCGCUGGCAUCAUCAAACUAGCUGGUUUUAAGGCGUUGAUGCGGUAUGAGGGCUUCGACGGCGACUCCACCCGAGACUUCUGGCUGAACCUGUGUGUGCCGGACAUCCACCCGGUGGGCUGGUGUGCUGCUGGGGGGAAACCCCUGGUGCCCCCUCAGACUAUCCUGCACAGGAUCACCAACUGGAAGACCUUCCUCAUCAAAAGAUUGACGGGGUCCAAAACGCUGCCACAGGACUUUCCUUCCAAGGUGCAGGAGAGUCUGCAGGUUCCCUUUAUGAAGCAGAUGAGGGUGGAGGUGGUGGAUAAAACUCACCUGUGUCGAACUCGUGUGGCUCUGGUGGAACAGGUGAUCGGAGGUCGCCUCCGUCUGGUGUACGAGGAGUGUGACGACGGCUCUGACGACUUCUGGUGUCACAUGUACAGUCCUCUGAUCCACAGCAUUGGCUGGUCGCGCUCCAUCGGACACAGAUUCAAACGAUCCGAUGUGUCGAAGAAGCUGAGUGUUCAGUUGGAUGCUCCUGGACAGCUCUUUGCUAAGGUGAAGGAGGUGGAUCAAAGCGGCUCCUGGUUUGAAGACACGAUGAAACUAGAAGCCAUCGACCCUCUGAACCUGUCCGCCAUCUGCGUGGCCACAGUGAGGAAGGUGCUGGCCGACGGGUAUCUGAUGAUCGGGAUCGACGGCUCCGAGGCGGCUGACGGGUCGGACUGGUUCUGUUAUCACUCCAUGUCUCCAUCCAUCUUCCCUGCUGGGUUCUGUGAGAUCAACAACAUCGAGCUGACGCCCCCCAGAGGUUACAGCAAUCUUCCCUUCAGAUGGUUUGAGUAUCUGAAGGAGAGCAAGUCUUUGGCGGCUCCCGUCAACCUCUUCAACAAGGAAGUCCCUAACCACGGAUUCUGCCCCGGCAUGAAGCUGGAGGCCGUGGACCUCAUGGAGCCGCGGCUUGUCUGCGUCGCCACGGUGACACGCAUUGUCCACCGGUUGCUACGGAUACACUUCGAUGGCUGGGAGGAUGAGUACGAUCAGUGGGUGGACUGUGAGUCACCUGACCUGUACCCGGUGGGGUGGUGUCAGCUGACCGGAUACCAGCUGCAGCCGCCUGCUGUCACUGCGGGCUCCAGAGAACUGCAGUCAGCAUCCAAACAGAGGAAGAAGUCUCAGCAGUAUAAGGGACAGAAGAAAAAGAGGAAGUUGCCUGUUGCUAAGCGACCGGUCAGCUUCUCUGGCACUAUAGUAACGGGCAUCUCCAGGAGCAUAUCAGGAGACGAGAACGUGACACCACCAAAUUACCCAUCACCCCCCACUCCUGCAGCCCCGCCCCCCCCAGUUGACCUGGAGAGCAGCCCCAACACUGAUGGGGGAGCAGGUUCACAGAUUAAAGAAGAGAACUUGGAAGCAAGUGAGUUUUAUUCUGAAAGGACUGAAAGCGAAACCAAUGGAUCUUCUGCAGGAUUCUUCACCAACAUGAAGCAGUAACUCAUCCCUCUCUGUCUUCAUCUCUCCAUUAAUGUUUUUUUCUGAAAUCGUGAGUUUCAAUACUCAUCAAACGUAUCUACUGUGAUUAAAUCAGAUAAUUCUGGACACUUUGAACAGGCUAAAUAAGCUACAUAAUGCACUUCGCUUCGGCCAAACCUCUUUUUUUUAAAAAAGCUUUUCGUUUCAAAACUUAUAACAAAAGUAGCUUACUUAACUUUUUCCCAGUUUUACGUCAAGUCUUUCUCUUUUAGCCCGGUCAGACAAGAAAGUGACUUAAAUUCUAGGUUGAGUUAAAGCUUUGUGAGGUAGUUGGGUUGAGAGCUACAUUCAGGUCUUAAUGUCUUGUGAGGUGUUGUUUCUAAGGUGAGUUUACAUUCUCCCAUUUAUAAACGUAGACAUGUGGAUAUUUAAUAAGCCAGUUACAGUUCAGUAUCUCAAAAUUAUAACUUUAAAUAAUAAAAAUAAAUACAUUAUGCAUUACUUAACUUUUCAAAAACAAAUGUAUAAAGAAGACUGCUGAACGUAGUAUUACAAUCCUUGUGUAUCUGUCUGAGUAGUACGAGGAAUAAUGAAAUAUAUUUGGGUUAUUAAAUUAAAAUAUAUUAAUUGUAAAUAAGAGAAUAUUUAAUAUAGCAGCUAAAUAUAAAUGGUAUAUGAUUGCAAAAUUACUAUUUACGGAUGUAAGCUAUUUGUUAACAUGCUAGCUUGGAAUGUGCUUUUGUUAACCAGACAAAAUAGCUCACCAAGCUAACUUGCUGCUAACUGCCAGUUAGGAAGCUGCUCCAUUCUCAACAGAAAAUAUCACAUUUGGCUUUUGUUCCUUUAAUUUUGUUCCAGCAUUUUUGCAGAAAACAUGUUAGCCUGCUACAAUUGCACACUAAGCUAGCAGGCAACUAACUGUUUCAUACCAGCCAAAUGUUUUACUGGCUCAAAUUGUUUUAUUAACAUUAUUGUAUUAUUCUUAUCUUGCAAAAAUCUGUUUUAUUAGAGCUGCAGUGUUUUUACUGGAAUCAUUUUAACCAGCCACAAUAGCAUGCCAAGCUAACAUAUUAUUUACUUACUGCCAGUGAAGAACUUACUAUCAGCCGCUAACCAGACAACAUGUAAAUGUUUAAUUACAUCUCAGCACAAUGACUUCAUUGUGUAUUUCGCUAUUUAAAGUCUAUUUAAUAGUUUUUUAGAACUACAGUAGCACUAGCCAUCAACAAAAUGCCUCCAGCUAACUAGCAUGUCAAUAGCCAAUUAUGAAGAGAUUGUGAUUUUAUCAGGAUUUCUAAAUGAGCAAAUUGUUGUAAUUAGUUUUGAAAGAAAUUGAUUUUCAGCUGAAAUGAUUUCUUAUAUCAUUAUUUCUGGUCUGACCGGGCCCUUAAUCAUCCAUUCUAAAAAUGUCUGCCGCCAUUUUGCUGGUUUCUUAACCAUGUAAGGAAAACGGUCCUAUGGCUGUUGGAACGUUCACUACAUGCUCUUAAGAGUUUUCUGACUGAGCAACCAGGGCAAAGAAAUACAGAAUGCAGAGAAAGUUUAGAUAAUGAAGCUGAUGAUGCACAGCUACGUCCAGGACAGUGUUACUCAUCUUUGGUUCCUCUGAGAAAAUUGUAUAUCUACCGAGGAAAAAAUAACGGAACUUUUGUAUGAUGAUUUUUUACAAAGCCAGAAUUUGUUAGGUGUUGAUGUUGUGUGUCCAAGGGUCAAAACUCUUGACGUAAUGAUGAUACUGGAUGCUGUGUAAUGUCAUGUUGAGAUUAGCAGUCAUUUAAAAGUGUGUGUGUGUGUGUGUGUGUGUGUGUGUGUGUGUGUGUGUGUGUGUGUGUGUGUGUGUGUGUGUGUGUGUGUGUGUGUGUGUGUGUGUGUGUGUGUGUGUGUGUGUGUGUGUGUGUGUGUGUGUGUGUGUGUGUGUGUGUGUGUGUGUGUGUGUGUGUGUGUGUUGUGUGUGUGUGUGUGUGUGUGUGUGUGUGUGUGUGUGUGUGUGCGCUGUGGUUUGGAUCAAGUUGUCAGGAUGCCAUUAAGACUCCCCUCCAUAAAUAACAACUUUGUCCGACAUCUAAAAGAGUUAUGAUGAAUGUUUUAUUUCGCUAACUAUUGAUACCUCACAAAAAGUUUAUUAAGUAAGGAUUAAAUGGAUCUUGGAACAAAAAAGUAUAAUAUGGUAUAGCAGAGGUUAUUUCAAAAACAUAGAAGAGUAUUUUUGAUUUAAAAAUGCUAGCAAAGAUUGUCAUUUUAAAAAAACUGACUAAAUAAGUAUUUUAAAUACAGCUACACAAAGAAAAAGACAAAAGACAUACCUUAAAUUUAACACUAAACAAUAUAAGUAUGCUUACAAAUAUUUAAGUAGUAAUCAUUUUUAGAGAUGCUCUGUUUGUUGAGAUGAAAAGGCCUUGGUGUGAAAGGACAACAUAAAACAAAAGAUGCCUUUAAAAACUCUAUUGGAUAAAAUAUUUGUGAAAUGUG